UGCAGUUUCAACUUUCAUACUCGACAAUAUAUAAUAUCCCUUCUCCUUCCUCCUCUGUCUCUGUCCUCUCAGUCUCAGUCUCGGCAGUUGGUUUGCUCAGCUCUCACAGAAGAGGGGUGGUGGCCUGGUGGCUGUGUGCAUGCCGACUACGGCGCACACAGACUCUCUCCGAGAGUGAAUGACCGAUCUUGUAAGCAGCUCUGAGGACCUGUCCCCUCCAAAACAUUCCGAGAAAGGGAAGAAAAAAUGUCCCCGUUUUUCGCUAAAGACGCUGCUACGGGCAGUAAAUGUAAUAUUGGUAGUAGAGUUCUUUUGUCCAUCCUAGCGGUGGUGGUGGUGGUUGGGUCAUCAGGUAUGGUGGCGGUGGUGGAGUCCGGAAUAGGAGUCAAUUGGGGCACCGUCACUCUACACAGGCUGUCUCCCCACACUGUGGUGAAUCUUCUCAAGGACAACAAGAUAGGGAAGGUGAAGCUGUUCGAUGCCGACCCAGAUUCGUUGAAAGCUCUCAUGGGCUCCGGGAUUGAGGUCAUGGUUGGGAUCCCCAAUGACAUGUUGUCUCUGCUUAGCUCCUCCCCUACUGCUUCCGAUUCGUGGGUCUCCCAGAAUGUAUCCAGAUACAUGGUCAAGAACGGUGUUAAUAUCAAGUAUGUUGCUGUAGGAAAUGAACCUUUCCUUACAAGUUAUUCUGGUCAAUAUCAGUCUUAUGUUGUCCCAGCAUUGACGAACUUACAACAGUCCUUUGCAAAAGCAAAUCUUGCAGGUAUCAUAAAGCUAGUCGUGCCCUGCAACGCUGAUGCUUAUGAGUCAUCCCUUCCUUCACAAGGGGCAUUCCGACCUGAACUCAACCAAAUAAUGACUCAACUUGUUUCAUUUCUGAACUCUAAUGGCUCACCUUUCAUAGUCAAUAUCUACCCAUUCCUCAGUCUGUAUGGAAGUUCUGAUUUCCCUCAGGACUAUGCGUUCUUUGAUGGGACAACACAUUCUGUGAUAGAUGGACCAAAUGUUUAUAAUAAUGCAUUUGAUGGGAACUUUGAUACAUUAGUUGCUGCCCUCAGUAAAAUUGGAUACGGCCAGAUGCCAAUCAUCAUAGGAGAGGUGGGGUGGCCAACUGACGGGGUCAUCAGUGCUAAUCUUUCUGCUGCGAGGGCUUUUAAUCAAGGCCUCAUAAAUCAUGUUUUAAGCAACAAAGGAACCCCCCUGAGGCCUGGUGUGCCUCCUAUGGAUAUAUACCUCUUCAGUCUUUUAGAUGAAGGGGCUAAAAGCACACUUCCGGGAAAUUUUGAGAGGCAUUGGGGAAUUUUCUCUUUCGAUGGCCAGGCAAAGUACAAGCUGAACCUUGGCAAUGGAUUAUUAAAGAAUGCAAAAGACGUUGAGUAUCUUCCAUUCAGAUGGUGUGUGGCAGAUCCAUCCAAGGACCUGUCUACAGUGGCUAACCACUUCAAACUUGCUUGCAGCUAUGCUGAUUGCACAACGCUCAACUAUGGGGGAUCAUGUAAUGACAUUGGGGCCAAGGGAAAUAUUUCUUAUGCAUUUAACAGUUACUAUCAGCUACUGAAACAGAAUGUCCAAAGCUGCGAUUUUGAUGGGCUUGGGGUGGUGACAUUCUUGGAUCCUUCAGUUGGUGAUUGCAGAUUUCUAGUAGGGAUCACGGAGGGGAAAUCUUCAGGAAUUUGUUUGGAUGGUAGGUUAGUCAUAGUUCUUUUGCUGAUAUUUUGGGUGAGUUACAUUUAUCUUGUGUAGUAAAUUAAACAGUUCUUAAAGUGGGGUUUUCCAGUUCCCUCUUCUGAGAUUUAUAGCUAUCAAAAGGUGGAGGAUAUAAGUUUUAGCUUUACAGAAACUUGUAGUCAGGUGGAGUAUUAGUAUUAGUAAUGCUCGUGAUUUUGCGGAUAUGCAUACUAUGUACACAUUUAGCCGUUUACUUGUCUAUAUUGGAGUUUUGCCGUCUCUUAUUUGGUGUAAACUUGAUGAUCUCUUUA